AUGGAUCUCGUCAUGGAUCGCCAACAAUUUUGUCGCGAGCGAGAUGGCUGGAAGUCUCGACACGAUUCCAUCUUUCUGCUCGCUCUCGCCUUGACGGUCACGGUACUUUCAGUACAGAAGAAGAUAUGGGUCAUCGACUCGAACAUUCUGCUGCAGCUCAGCUUCGGAUUCGUGUUCAGCGUAAUGACAAUCUGGGGCAGACGCACAGCAUUCUACAAGCAAGGUCACUUCGGCGGCUGGGGCACGCAUUUUCGACUGUUACUAUGCGCGGCCGUGUCGGGAUACAGUCUAUGGUUUUGGAUCGAUGGAGUCGUCGACCCCACUCCAAACUGCUUCCUUCGAGAAUCCCGCGACGGCCUGCGAUGGUUCAUGUUCGCCAAUGUUAAGAUGAGCGAUUCCUGGGUGAGAACGAUUGCGAUUGUCGUCUCUGCACUUGCAUCCGUGUACUUCGGGACAAUGCUUCUGGUAGCAAUGGUAACGUUCGCACGCUCGAUCGUGCUGCGUGAGCGGUGGAAUACUGACGAGCUUGAGAUGCGGCAGGCGUUGAGGUCGUGGACGUUAUUUCAAGUCGCUCUCGCCGUCGUUAACCUCCUCUUUGUUCUAUACACCAUGCUCAGCGUAGAAUUCACCCUCAACUUCAACAACGUGGCCGGGGUGCUAGCCAAUGCUGGUAUUGCCAAUUCUAGCCAGUUGACUCCAUUGCUGAUUGGGACUCUGACCUUUGUACGGUUGCUGUAUACACUGUACAAGGAGAGAUGGGCGCACCAACCUGACCACCAGGCGGAGACGCAGUCACCAAUCAAAGGUGCUGAUCUGGAGAGGCCGUCGAGAUUGUUACCUCGUUUGCUAUAA